AUGCGCUAUGUGGUAUUGACCACGUACGGAAUAUAUGGGGACGACAGGCGUGACAUUUUUGGGAUUGUCUCGACAUUUCAAAUUAUCACGGUUCUUGGAAUUCUCAUAAACUUGCAUCUUUUCGACCAAGCGAUAAGCAAAAGGAUUCGGUCAAACUCAUGUCUGGCGUGGAUGCUAUUUUCCUUGUUGGGACUUUAUACGCGUGUUCUUGGCAUGAUCCGCUACAGGGGACCGUUCUCGUACGAGUCUUUCUUUAAAGGGAGUUGCAUCGGGAUUUGUCUGGAUCUCUCAUUCUUCGCCACAGUCGCCACCCUUUACUGGGACCUUGCCGAAUAGUUGACACAAUUUGAUGAAUUUGCUAAAAUUCACGUAUUCCUUUGCUUGUUUCAAAUUUAAUAAGUCUGCAUAACUAGUAAUCAGUAAAUGAGUUGUCCAGCCAAAUUUUUUUGCAAACCUGCAAAUUUGUUUGCUCACGAUGCUAUUUAACAAUGUGAACUCCGAAUAAAAUGGAUUUUGUGGUGUCUUUUAAUACAAAAA